AUGACAGACGAAUACCCUUUCGACCUCGGCACAUACACCCGCCCCGUGACCACCCAAUCUGCCCAAUGCCAGGCAUGGUUCGACCGUGGCCUCGUUUGGUCCUAUGCUUUCAACCACGAAGAAGCCGCCGAAUGCUUCCGCCACGCCAUUGCGCAUGACAGCACCUGUGCCAUGGCCUAUUGGGGCCUCGCCUACUGCAUCGGCCCAAACUACAACAAACCCUGGGCCUUCUUCGACGCCGACGAGCUCGCGCGUGUCGUGCGUCAGGGCCACGACGCUGCGCUCCAGGCACAGUCUCAUCUCGGUGCUGUGACGCCCGUGGAGCGAGCCCUCGUCGCCGCCGUCCUCAGUCGCUAUCCUCAGGCCAAACCGGACGCCGACUGCGAGCCCUGGAAUCUCGCCUUUGCUCAGGCCAUGCAGGCUGUCCACGCCCAGUUUCCCGACGAUCUCGACGUCAUCACUGUUUACGUCGACGCCGUCAUGAACCUCCACCCCUGGGACAUGUGGCAGCUUAAGACAGGCGAACCUACGCCUGGCGCCCAGACGCUCGAGAUGAGGGCCAUCCUCGACCGCGCCCUCGGUCUGUCUGAUACCACAGCCGCCUCGGCCACCUCCGUCGACGCCGGUGCCCCUCCACGAGGCGGCGCCAAGCACCCGGGUCUGCUGCACCUCUACAUUCACCUCCUCGAGAUGUCGCCCCACCCAGAACAUGGCCUCCCUGCUGCUGACAACUUGCGCACCCUCGUCCCCGAUGCCGGCCACCUCCUCCACAUGCCCUCCCACCUCGACAUCCUGACGGGCGCUUAUGCAGCUGCCGCCGAGGCCAACACGCGCGCCGCCGCCGCCGACGAGCGCUACCUCGCCCACGCCGGGCCCCUCAACUUUUACACCCUUUACCGCAGCCACGACUACCACUUUCUCGUCUAUGCUGCCCUCUUCUCCGGCCAGUCGGCCCUCGCCCUCGAUGCCUGCCGCCGCCUCGAGGCCUCCCUGCCCGCGGCCCUGCUGCGCAUCCCCUCGCCGCCCAUGGCCGACCGCCUCGAGGCCUUUCUCGCCUUGCGUCCCCACGUGCUUGUCCGCUUCGGCCGCUGGCACGACAUUCUCGCUCUGCCGACCAUGCCCGAUCCGCCCAGCGCGCCCCCGGCCAAUCCAGACGCAGACGAGUACGAAGAAGACGCCUCGCUCCUCUGCGUCACAAACGCGACUCGCCUCUACGCCAAAGCCCUCGCCCACGCCGCCCUCGGCAACACGUCCCGCGCCCGCACCACGCAGGGCCCUCUUCCUGGCCGCCCGCCUCCGCGUCCCGGCCUCGCGCACCCCUCUUCAAAAACACGGCCCCCCGACCUCCUCGCCGUCGCGGCCCGCAAUGCUCGAGGUCGAGAUCUGCUUCCGCGAGAGCCCAGCCGCCUGCGACGACGCCCCUCGUGCGGAUCGCCGAGGCCGUCGACAUUGCCCGACGCCCUGCCCUACAAGGAGCCCUGGGUCUGGAUGCAGCCGGUGCGCCACGCCCAGGGCGCGCUCCUCCUCGAGCGCCGCCGCGCCGCCGAGGCGCUGGCCGCGUACGCGGCCGAUCUAGGCAUCGACGACCACGGCGCCGAGAGGCUGCCGCGCGCGCUGCAGCAUCCCGGCAACGUGUGGGCGCUGCACGGAUACCACGAGAGCCUUGUUCGACUGGGCAGGUCGGACGAGGCGCGCGCCGUCGAGGGUACGUUGAAUGCGCUCCUCACGGUGGCAGACGUCGACAUCACGUCGUCCUGUUUCUGUAGGAGGGUGACGGCACAGGACUGCGCCGCAUGUCGUGACUGA